AUGUAUAUGAAUGACAAAUUGAAAAAUAAACUGGAAUCAAUUCACCGAUUUGAGAACGAACAAUCUUUCAUCGUUCGUCGUUCACCCUUCCCCCCAUUCGAAGACUAUCUCAUCCUCCGAGCGCAUCGAUGGCGGAGCGUUUGCGCGCUGGGGACUGGAGGCUUCGCUCUGUUGUAUUGGCGCUUACGACUCGCCGGAGCGCCCACCGCGUUCGCAGCGGCUGAUAACCCCGCGUCGCGAGACCCCUCAAUUCUUACGCGCCUCUAUACUUUUGCUUAUCUCCCCGUCUUCAACUUCUUCCUACUUUUAUACCCUUUUCAUCUGAGCUUCGAUUGGUCGAUGGACUCGAUACCGAGGAUAACGACGUUGUUUGAUGCCCGGAAUAUCACAACCGCCGUGUUCUACGCCGUCAUUUCAAAAGUGACUUGGCGAACGCUUACGAAUGAAUUAAAAAAGCAUCAAGACAACAUAUUGCGAGAUGCAAAGUACUACAAAAAACAAAAUUGUAAAAUUAAGCACAAAUGGAAUUAUAGUAGCAAGCCGUAUAAUAGAGGACAAGACUGUUAUGAAAGAAAAAGCUAUCAUGCGCCGCACAAAGAGAAUGUAUCAUCUAAAAAGCUAUUGUGUCCGUGCACUGGCUGCAAACAUUCACUCACUGAUGAGCACACGAGUGUGUGUCGCGCAAGCAACAACAAUAAUAUAACGAUGCACAACUCGAGUUGCAUUUGCCCGAUAUCGUUAACGAAGUCUAAGGCAAGCCCAGUACAGAGGACGGUUUAUCGCAGUCCCCAAGUUGCGUUGCUGAUGUUCAUGGCGUUUAUGGUACUGCCAUUCGUGCCUGCGACUAAUUUACUUUUCUACGUCGGCUUCGUGGUGGCAGAGCGUGUUUUGUACAUACCAAGUGUUGGUUUCUGUUUAUUACUGGGCUUGGGGGCUGGUGUGCUGACACGAAAUUGGCAUCGUGGCGAGACGCGAAGCAGGCUGUUCUUGUUGGCCCUGCUAGUGGCCUUGUCCGCCAUGUGCGGCUACACCAUGCGGAGAAAUCUCGACUGGCGUGAUGAAGAAAGUCUCUUCAGAAGCGCGUUGCAUAUCAACCCUCCAAAAGGUGCAAGGGUGUCAACGCAGGUUGCGUCCCACACCAAAGACCUUCCCAGCUUCCAGGGCAUAAUGGACAUACCGUCGGGUCUCUUACCAUCGUCGCGUGCCAAACCCUUUGGUUCCAGAACAGCUGGCACACCGGCGAUGAUAAGAGCUCGGCGGAUAAUGUCGUUAAUGCUGGCGUGUCGAGCUAUCCGGCCCGCGCUUCUGCUACACGAUAGGCCGUGGUGGCCGAGGCGGGUAUUCGAAACUGGCCAAUCACAAGGCGCCUCCUAUUACACGAAUUUGUCGGAACAGAGGACGGCGAGGCGAGCAUACGGCAACUUGGGCAGUGUGCUGACCACACAGGGACGGACCGCGGAAGCGGAAGUUGCCUUUGAGAGGGCGCUUAAGUACCGGCCGAAUAUGGCAGACGUGCAUUAUAAUUUGGGAAUAUUGCUACAAAACCAAAAACGUUACAGCGAUGCUAUCAAAAGUUUCGAGAGAGCAAUUUACUUUAGACCUUCAAUGGCUCUUGCGUACGUGAAUCUCGGAACAUCACUAAUGGCGGACGGGCGUUUAGCUGAAGCAGCAAGCGCGCUUCGAGCUGGCUCCCGGGCCGAAGGGGUGCGCGUACGCGACCGGAGAGAACACGACGCUGCACGAGUGUCAGCCCUAGUACAGCUUGCAGCGUUACACUCACAACGAGGGCAUUGGCAUAAAGCGCUGUCAGCAUACAAAGAAGCGCUGCAAAUAUUGCCAGACACAAAUACACCGAUCGUUGGCUGGACACGACAUAGUGUCCUUUCAAUGGUGGGCGAGAUUUAUGUGCAGCUACAACAAUGGCCGAUGGCCGAGCACAGUUUAGUAUCGGCACUGGCCGCAGCGCCGCACCACGCUGGCACUCACGUCACAUUAGCUCAAAUACUCGCCAGAAAUGCAAGUAGAAGUAUUGAAGCUGAAAUGUGGUUUAAAAAAGCACUCACUUUAGCACCUAACGAUCCGUCAGUAAGAGAUCAGUUUGGAAUGUUCCUGAGAUCACAACGUCGUCUCCGAGAGUCAGCAGAACAGUUAGUAGCAGCAGCUCAGUUGUCACCAACGGACAGUGCACGCGCGGCUUCAGCUGCGCGGGCACUGAGGGACGCGCGACGUUGCCGCUCUGCUGAGAGGUGGUAUGCACGCGCUGUACAGUUAAAUCCUGAUGACGCCGAGUAUCAUUCAAAUCUUGGCGCCAUCCUCCACCUCAACGGGAAGUACGCGGCAGCAGCGACCUCUUACCGGCGAGCGCUACAACUACAACCCAAUGACGACAUUACCAUCACUAACCUGAAAAGAGUCAGAGCAUUAAUGAGCAAACAACGUAGAAAAUAA